AUGGAGCCUUUAGACCCUGGCGGUCCCUCCGCGCCCCUCGUCGCGGACGGCGCAGGGACAGCGCGCGCGAGGCCGAGCGGCGGAGUGGUGUUCACUCCGCUGUACGGCACGCACGCCGACGAGCCGCUGUGCUACCACCUGCGGCUCGGCCGGCUGCACCUGCUGCUGGACUGCGGCUGGACCGACCUCCUCGACACGGACCUACUCGAGCCGCUGCGCGCCGUUGCGCCCGCAAUCCACGCCGUGCUGCUCUCGCACCCCGACAUGGAGCACGCGGGCGCGCUGCCGUACGCGUACGCGCAGCUGGGGCUGCGCGCGCCCGUGUACUGCACGGUGCCGGUGGCGCGGCUGGCGCAGCUGAUGCUGUACGACCAGUUCCUGGCGCGGCGCAGCGCCGGCGACUUCGACCUGUUCUCGCUGGACGACGUGGACGCCGCGUUCGACGGCGCCGUGCGCCUCAAGUUCGCGCAGCCGCACGCCGUGGGCGAGGAGCGGGACGGCGUGAGCGUGACGCCGCUGGCGGCGGGGCACCUGCUGGGCGGCACGAUAUGGCGGAUAUCCGUGGACACGGAGGACCUUGUGUACGCCGUGGGGUUCAACCACAGGGAGGAGCGCAUACUGGGGCGCACGGUGCUGGACACGGCGGUGGUGCGCCCCGCCGUGCUGAUCGCGGACGCGGGCACGGCGCUGGUGGCGCCGCUCAAGCGCAAGCAGCGCGACGCGCAGCUGGCGGAGGCCAUGAGCAGCACGGUGGGCGAGGGCGGCAGCGUGCUCAUGCCCGUCGACACGGGCGGGCGCGUGCUGGAGCUGCUGGUGCAUCUGGAGCAGCUGUGGGCGGCGCAGGGGUGGGAGGUGCCCGUGGUGGUGGCGACGGGGGAGAGUUACAGCAUGGUGGAGGGCGCCAAGGCCAUGCUCGAGUGGCUCAACCCCUCCACUGCUCGCCACUUCGACGCCCAGCGCACCUCGCCCUUCAACUUCAAGUACAUCCGGCUGUGUCACAGUGUGGAGGAGGUGGAGGAGGUGUCGGGGCCCAAGGUCGUGCUGGCGUCGCUCGCCAGUCUCGAGGCCGGCUUCGCCCGGGCGCUCUUUGUGCGCUGGGCGCCCGACCUGCGCAACACUCUGCUCUUCACCUCACGCGCCCCGCCCGGAUCGCUCGCCCACACGCUGCAGACCCAGGUGGGUGCGCGGAUGGCUCCACUGGUGUUCCUCCCCACCAUAUCAUCACCCUGCCGCACGUUCCUCCCCACCAUAUCAUCACCCUGCCCUCCCCAAUCUCUCCCCCAAUCUGUGUGUCUCUCCCCUCCUCCGCCCAACCCUACCCCCCAGGACGUGCGGUUCCCGGUGGUGAGUGUGAGCAUGAGCGAGCGCGUGCCACUGGAGGGCGAGGAGCUGAGGGCGUACGAGGAGCAGCAGCGGCAGCAGCAGCAGGCCGCCAUGGACGCCGCUAGGGGGAGCGAGGCAGAGGACGGGCAGGGGGACGGGGAGGAGGGGGAGGGGGAGAGGGAGGGCGAGGGAGGGGAGAAGGGGGAGGCGAAGGAGGAGGCGGAUGGGGAGGUGCUGGAUGGGGAUGACGCAGAGCCAUCCCCCGCCCUGCUGCCCCCCUCCGACGUCUUCUGUGAGGGCUUCUCCCCACUGCCCCUCGCUCCCUUCCCGCGCACUCUCCCCCGUCACGCGGCGUCGCGCCCACAGCACCGCGAGGGGUGGGUGGCGGGGCCGGUGUUCCCGUGGAGCGAGGGCAGCGGGGGCGGGGGGCGGUGCGACGAGUAUGGCGAGGUGGUGGACGCUGAUGGGCUGGCUGCCGUGGUGGAGCACAUGCGCGGCCCCAUGCGGGUGAGGGGAGAGAGACGGGGGAACGAGGGCCGACACAAUGCGGUGGCUGUGAUGGGUGGCAUGUGGGAUGAGAGGCAGCGAGUGGAGCACACAGUUGCUCGUCCCACAACCCCUUCCCACUCCCGUUGCCUCUACUCCCCCUCCCUCCUCCCGCCUAUCCCCCCUCCCCUCCUCCCCCUCUUCCCCCCUCCCCACCCCCGCCAGCCAACGGUGAGUGUGAUGGAGGCGGCGGGGGUGGACAUGGCGGCGCUGGCGGAGGCGGAGGACGUGCUGGCGGGGUUGGAGAGGCCCAGCCGCGUGCGAGUGGACCACGUCACCGUGCACGUCAACUGCGCCAUCCGCUCCAUCGACUACGAGGGGCUGGCGGACGGCCGCUCCCUGCGCACCAUGCUCGCCCACACCCACCCCCUCUCCCUCGUGUUGGUGCACGGCACAGAGGAGGGCACCGCCAGCAUGCAGCAGGCAGGCAUCUGCAGCGACUGCAUGGCUCCCCGGCCUGGCGAGAGCAUCGACCUCACUCCAUAUCUCGCCACCUUCCGCGUGAAGCUGAGUGACGACCUGCUGAGGGGGCUGCAGUUCCACAAGCUACGAGACGACUACGAGGUGGCAUUUGUGGAGGGUCGUCUGCACCCCUCCUCCUACGCGCCGCCCUCUGCCUCGCUCUCCCUGCUGCCGCGCAUCACCGGGCCCCCUCUGCUGCCCGCGCCCUCGGGGUCAGGGGCAGGCGGGCAGGGGGCAGAGGGGGAGGAGAAGGGGCAGGGGGGAGGUGGAGAGGGGGGAGUGGGAGCGGAGGAGGGAGGGGCGGGUGGAGGGGGAGCACGGGCGCUGAUGGAGCUGGUGCCGCUGGAGGGGGAUGGGGAGGAGGCCAAGCGGCGGGCGGUGAUGGUGGGUGAUGUGAAGCUCUCGGAAUUCAAAGUGCUGCUGCAAGCCCAGGGACUCCAGGCUGGGUUCGUGGAGUCGGCCCCUGUAGCAACUGCCGGAUCUGCUGUUCUCAACGCCGCACUCCGUGCGCGUCUGAUCCCCGCCGCCAUGGCGACGGCGGCCUUCCCCGCGCUCUCCUCCACUGUGGCUCCCGCGCCCUCCGCCCUUUGGUCCACCAACCUCACCGUGAGUUUCCCAGCCCUCCCCUUUCUGCGCGUGCUCUCCGCUUCCCCCAUCUGCGCGCGCUCUCCGUUCCCCGUGCUUUCCUCCCUCCUCUCCCCUCAUCCUGCUCAACUCCCCCUCUCCCCCCGACCCCAGGCGCCGUACCCGACGAACGCGCCGUGGCAGAACUUCGUGCUGGGGCAGGGCGGCAACCCCGAGCUCGUCACGCCCUACAUCGUGCAGAGCGCGGAGGGGCGCGUCGCGUGGGGGCUGCCGGUGCGCGACCCGCAACCCGGGUACAUCGUGCAGGCGUUCAUCACCACGCUCAUGCUCUCCACGCUGCAGGACCUUCCCCCCCACCAGCUCUCCGCCUACGACGACCUCUCCGCCACCCUCUCCUUCCGCCAACCCUCCUCCGCGCCCUCCGAUCCCCCCGCGCUCGAGGUCCCCCUGGUGCGCGGGUCCCCCUUCCUGACGUUCAUAUUCCCCCCGGGCGGCCCCCAAGCGACGCCAGUGCUGACGACGAUCCACGCCAUCACGGGCGUGGAGGCCAGCGGCGACAGCAGCAAGUACCGCGUCGCUCUCAACAACGGCCAGGUCAGCCCUCCGCGCCAUCCGCGCCCCUUUGCCACCCAGCGGCUGCCGCCGUCCCCCCCUCCCCCUCUGGAACCAGCCCCAUUCCCGUGUCUCGCUCGCCAUAAUUCUUACGAUUUCCCCCCUCCACUUGCUCGCUCCCCAUACUCACCUCCUCCUUCCGCGCGUUUCCCCCCCAAUCCCCUGCCCCUACACCAGACGUGGCUGCUGUACCUGUCGUCGCCACUGGCGCUGCGGCAGGACGGGUCAGCGCUGGUGGCGGACGCGCCCUUCACGGGGACGAUGCGCGUGGCGCUGCUGCCCGGGACCUCUCCGCAGGACGAGGAGGCGCUGCUGGACGCGCACGUGCCCACGGUGCCGGUGGGGGGGAGCGCGCAGGUGGGCGCGUUCCGCAUCAAGUACACCUGGCGCACUCAGCACUGGCGCGAGCCGGCUGACGGCGACAUCGAGGCGCCGCUGCUCAUGCUCUCGCUGCCAAUGCAUCGGCGCAUGGAGGUGAGCGCACACAACCCCUCCCCUGCCUCCGCCCUCCGCCGUCACAGCAGCGGCUCCCCCUCGGGUGCCAUGACUACCAUCCGCGGCCACCACAACCCCGCCUCUGCCGCCCCCUCCAACGCACGCAGCAAUGGAGCAAGGUCAUCGGUGGCUGAUGCGUCGGUGCCCGAUGCAUCAGUGCUGGCAUACCCCACCAUCGACGGCCACGCGGUGGGCAUGCAGGGAGCGGUGUGGCGCCUCAAGGUGCCCAAGCGCCCCUCCACAUGGCGCGCGGGGCCCCUCUCGUCCGACACACAGCUGCUGGACGAGUUGAGGGGCAGCCUCAAGCAGGACGUGGCCGCGCUGCCGCCCCUCUCCUCCCCCUCCACCUACCCCUUCGGCAAGGCAGCGGCUCGUGCCGCCCGCUUGGCGCUGAUCGCGAAGCAGGUGCGCGACGAAGACAGCCUGGCCGCCGUGCUGCCGCCCCUGCGGACCGCACUCUCCGCGUGGCUGGACGGCACCUUCCCCGGUAACCGCCUGCUGUACGACCCCACGUGGGGCGGCGUGGUGAGCGAGGCGGGGUCGCUUGACCAGGGGGCAGAGUUUGGAGCGGGGAUGUACAACGACCACCACUUCCACUACGGCUACUUCAUCUACGCCGCUGCCACCGUCGCCAAGUUUGACCCCGCGUGGCGCGACCAGUACCGUGCGCCGCUCAAGGACCUGAUGGCGGACUACAUGUCGGCGGAGCGCACCGCGGCAUUCCCGAGGCUGCGGCACUUUGACGCGUACGCGCUGCACUCGUGGGCCAGCGGGCUGUUUGACUUUGGCGACGGGCGCAACCAGGAGAGCUUCAGCGAGGCGGCCAACGCGUACUACGCGGGGGCGCUGCUGGCCUCCGUGCUCGGCGACCAGCCGCUCGCCACGCUGGGCGCCACGCUCGCAGCCGUAGAGGCCCUCGCCGGGCAGACCCUCAUGCACGUUCCGCUCGCCUCGUCUAAUCCAGAUCCCUCCCUCUCACCCGGCUACGAGGCGGUGUUUGCGGACGCCAACCGUGUGGUGGGUGUGCUGUGGUCCACCAAGCGCGAUGCAGCGCUGUGGUUCGCCCCGCCGGCGGACCUGGAGAAGCGCGUGGGCAUCCAGGUGCUGCCUGUCUCGCCCUUCCUCGCGCACCUCUUCCCCGACCACGAGUUCGCCAAGCAGCUCGUGGAGUGGGCACAACCCGUGCUCAGCGGUGCUGCCACGGACGAGUGGCGCGGCUUUGCAUGGGCGGUGCAGGCGCUGUAUGAUCCUCAGGGGGCCAGGGCGAACAUUGCUGCUCUAGGUGCCUUCGAUGAUGGCAACUCCAAGACCAACAUGCUCUGGUGGCUCGCUUCCAACAUGCCAUAG